GGGCAGGCGGCAGGAUGCUGCGCGCCGCACUGCCCCUGCUCGCGCUGCCCCUGGUGGGGGUGGCUGAAGAACCUCCCCAGAAGUCGGGGUCCCCGGGCGAGCCUCCCCCAGGCUUGGCGCUUUUCCGCUGGCAGUGGCAUGAGGUCGAGGCGCCCUACCUGGUAGCCCUGUGGAUCCUGGUGGCCAGCCUGGCCAAAAUCGUGUUUCAUCUGUCUCGGAAAGUAACGUCUCUGGUCCCUGAGAGCUGCCUGCUGAUUUUGCUGGGCCUGGUGCUGGGAGGCAUUGUAUUGGCUGUGGCCAAGAAAGCUGAGUACCAGCUGGAGCCAGGCACCUUCUUCCUCUUCCUGCUGCCUCCUAUUGUGCUGGACUCAGGCUAUUUCAUGCCUAGCCGGCUGUUUUUUGACAACUUGGGUGCCAUCCUCACCUAUGCUGUGGUGGGCACACUCUGGAAUGCCUUCACAACAGGCGCUGCCCUCUGGGGCCUGCAGCAGGCUGGACUUGUGGCCCCUAGGGUGCAGGCUGGCUUCCUGGACUUUCUGCUGUUUGGGAGCCUCAUCUCAGCUGUGGACCCUGUGGCUGUGCUGGCUGUCUUUGAGGAGGUGCAUGUCAAUGAGACUCUCUUUAUCAUUGUUUUUGGCGAGUCCCUGCUCAACGAUGCAGUCACUGUGGUGCUGUACAAGGUCUGCAACUCCUUUGUGGAGAUGGGCUCUGCCAACGUGCAGGCCACUGACUACUUGAAGGGAGUCGCCUCCCUGUUUGUGGUCAGUCUGGGCGGGGCAGCCGUGGGCUUAGUCUUUGCCUUCCUCCUGGCCCUGACCACACGCUUCACCAAGCGGGUCCGCAUCAUCGAGCCGCUGCUGGUCUUCCUCCUCGCCUAUGCAGCCUACCUCACUGCUGAAAUGGCCUCGCUCUCCGCCAUUCUUGCGGUGACCAUGUGUGGCCUGGGCUGUAAGAAGUAUGUGGAGGCCAACAUCUCCCAUAAGUCACGCACAGCUGUCAAAUAUACAAUGAAGACUCUAGCCAGCUGUGCUGAGACCGUCAUCUUCAUGCUGCUUGGCAUCUCAGCUGUGGACUCUUCUAAGUGGGCCUGGGACUCUGGGCUGGUGCUGGGCACCCUCGUCUUCAUCCUGUUCUUCCGAGCCCUCGGCGUAGUCCUGCAGACGUGGGUGCUGAAUCAGUUCCGGCUGGUCCCUCUGGACAAGAUUGACCAGGUGGUGAUGUCCUAUGGGGGCCUGCGGGGGGCUGUGGCCUUUGCUCUCGUCAUCCUACUGGACAGGACCAAGGUCCCUGCCAAGGACUACUUUGUGGCCACCACUAUUGUGGUGGUCUUCUUCACAGUCAUCGUGCAGGGCUUGACCAUCAAGCCGCUAGUCAAGUGGCUGAAGGUGAAGAGGAGUGAGCAUCACAAACCCACCCUGAACCAGGAGCUGCAUGAGCACACUUUUGACCACAUUCUGGCUGCAGUGGAGGACGUUGUGGGGCACCAUGGCUACCACUACUGGAGGGACAGGUGGGAGCAGUUUGACAAGAAGUACCUGAGUCAGCUACUGAUGCGGCGGUCAGCCUACCGCAUCCGGGACCAGAUCUGGGAUGUGUACUACAGACUCAACAUCCGGGAUGCCAUCAGCUUUGUGGACCAGGGAGGCCACGUCUUGUCUUCUGCAGGUCUCACACUACCCUCUAUGCCCAGCCGCAAUUCUGUGGCAGAGACUUCUGUCACCAACCUGCUGAGGGAGAGUGGCAGUGGAGCGUGUCUGGAUCUGCAGGUGAUUGACACAGUACGCAGCGGCCGGGACCGUGAGGAUGCUGUGAUGCAUCAUCUGCUCUGUGGAGGCCUCUACAAACCGCGCCGCAGGUACAAAGCCAGCUGCAGCCGCCACUUCAUCUCAGAGGACGCGCAGGAGCGGCAGGACAAGGAGAUCUUCCAGCAGAACAUGAAGCGGCGGCUGGAGUCCUUUAAGUCCACCAAGCACAACAUCUGCUUCACCAAGAGCAAGCCACGACUCCGCAAGACUGGCCGCAGGAAGAAGGAUGGUGUGGCUAACGCUGAGGCUACAAAUGGGAAACCUCCUCGAGACCUGGGCUUUCAGGACACAGCUGCUGUAAUAUUGACUGUGGAGUCUGACAAAGAGGAAGAGAGUGACAGUUCAGAGACUGAGAAGGAAGACGACGAGGGGAUCAUCUUUGUGGCUCGGGCAACUAGUGAGGUUCUCCAAGAGGGCAAGGUCUCAGGAAGCCUUGAGGUGUGCCCAAGCCCACGCAUCAUCCCCCCGUCCCCAACCUGUGCAGAGAAGGAGUUACCCUGGAAGAGCGGGCAUGGGGACCUGGCAGUGUAUGUGUCCUCAGAAACCACGAAGAUUGUGCCCGUGGACAUGCAGACGGGCUGGAACCAGAGCAUCUCAUCCCUGGAGAGCCUGGCAUCCCCUCCCUGCACCCAGGCCCCAACUCUGACCCGCCUGCCUCCCCACCCUCUGAGUGCUGAAGAACCCCAGGCCCCUCUCCACCUGCCUUCUGAUCCCCGCCCUAGCUUCGCCUUUCCCCCGAGCCUGGCCAAGGCUGGCCGCUCCCACAGUGAGAGUAGUGCUGACAUCCCCCAGCAGCAGGAGCUGCAGCCCCUCAUGGGCCACAAGAACCGCACCCAUCUUAGCCCAGGUACUGCUAACUCCCACUGGUGCAUCCCGUUCAACAGAGGUGGCCGGCUGUAGCACAGGGCCUCAGGGAGGAGCAGGAGGUAGAGCCCCUGUAGGAAGUGCUCCCUGGGAAAUCGGCAGAAGAGCCCGUUCAGCUUGCC